UAUGAGAGUGUGUAUGCAUGAGUGUGUGUGAGUGAGUGAAUGUGAGAGAGUGAAUGCCUGUGCGUUUCCAUACCGCCUGCAAAAAAAGCCCCCAAAUCACAGAAGGAGCGAGAGCGGCUCAGACCGGUGCUUUAGAUCGUUAAUACUCGGAUUUACGCUCGGAAAUCCGCGCCCAGAAAUCUCAGUCCGAUUUGCAUAUCCAUCCCUCCUUCAUUUGCCUUUGCUUCAGUGAGAAUGGCAGGCGGACCCCCCUCUGACAAAUACAGUUUUCUCUACCCAACAGACAGCAGCCUGAAGAGCAAGAGCAGAGUGGCAGGUAUGAACCCUGUGUACAGUCCUGUGCAGCCUGGGACUCCGUAUGGGAACCCCAAAACCAUGGCCUACACAGGUUAUCCAACAGCUGGAUAUCCUACUGCAGCUCCUGCCUAUACUCCGAGCCUUUAUCAGACUGGCAGUCCGGGGUACCCACCAGGAUACACUGCAGGGACUGCGUAUAAAGUCCCUCCGUCUCAGUCCAACGGUGCUCCGCCUCCGUACUCGCCCUCGCCAAACCCGUACCAGUCUGCCAUGUACCCCAUCCGCAGUGCCUACCCCCAGCAGAACCUUUACACUCAGGGAGCCUACUACACCCAGCCUGUGUAUGCUGCUCAGCCCCACGUCAUACAUCACACCACAGUGGUACAGCCAAACAGCAUCCCUUCUGCCCUGUACCCCGCCCCGGUGCCCCAAGUGUCCCCUCGGCCCAACGCACUCACCAUGGGCAUGGUCGCAGGAACCACCAUGGCCAUGUCUGCAGGGACGCUGUUGACCACGCCCCAGCACACUGCCAUCGGUCCACAUCCUGUUUCUGUGCCAACGUAUCGUCCGCAAGGAACACCUGGUUACAGCUAUGUGCCACCUCACUGGUAGAGCCCACCUGUCAAUCAUAUCUGGAGUUAAACAUCGUAUGCAAAAUCCUCACAAGUCUUAGACGGGCGCUCUGUGAUCAACAGCACUGCGUCUGUCUGCCAGAACGGAAGAAAAAAGGGUCACUUUAUGCAUUCUUACGUCUUAUUUUAAAGCUGCUUUUAAUUUUGAUAUUUAAUUUUUUUUUAUUUAAUAGUUUUGCCUCAUUAUUUUGGACCUAUGUUGUUGCAUUGUUUUUUUUUUUUUAUUCCAUACUAUUAACCAUCAACUUCUGCAGAAACUCCAGAAUGAUUUUGACCGAGUACGAAUUUGAAACUGCUUUUUUUUUUCCCCAUAUUAACGCUGGUGAUUAGAAUGUACGUUACACCGUGCUUCACAUCCAUCAUGCCAAAUAACCACAUUCAGCUCGUAGUACAGGGUUUUUUUUCUUUAAAUGUGAGUAUGUUUGCAAUUUCAGAUUCUCUUUUAAGAGGAACUGAGACAAUAUCUGCUUUUCAAAUUGAUUUCACAUUACUGGAAAAAUAUUCUCAUCAUGUUUUCACAUCGAUAACGAGGGUGUCUUCCAGCUCGUAGCAGUUUAUUAGGUACGUUUAUAUGUAUUAAGUAUAGCCUUUAGGGCAGCGCCACGUGGUUUAAACUUCAUUAGGAAUGUCGAGUGCUCACGCUAAUAUCAGUUAUUCGUAGUACAGGACGCUGGUUAUUUUAUUCAUUCGUUCAUUUAUCAGGAUAGGUCUGUUAUGACGUGAAUAUUAUAUUUAUAUAGACGCGUGGGAAUAGAUGUGCUCUUGCAAAGACAUGCAAUUGCACCAGGACACUGAAAAUCAUGCCAGCACACUUUCAAUUAAGGUGUGUGAAAUUAAAAAUGGCACUUAGCUGGAGAAUCCGGGUCAUGAUAUUACGAAAUAUGUGCCAACUUAAAAGAAGGUUGGAAUCGUCACGGCUUCAGGAUCUCUGGAUGGAUUUAAAGGGAUUAGUUUAUGCAUUUUGGAUAAAAUAUUGGUAGCAGUUGCAAGAAAAACCCUGUGUUUACAUUAGCGGGAGGCCAAUCACCAAUGAUAGUCCAGUUUUCCUCUUGUGUGGGUAAGCAGUUUCCGUAAAAAAAGGUAUUGCAGCACCUCCUGCUGUCCAGUCAAGGUGCCCACUGAAGAGGUGGAAGAACACUACAGUCUAGUGUGUUCUUCCAUGCUUGGUCCAUCUCUGUGGAUAUCAGCUGCUGACUGGUAAAAAAAAAAAGAGCCCAGUUGCUUCAUGUGUCAGAGAGGGCGGUUGCUAGUCUGCGCUCCUUCUUGGCCUGCAUGCAUGUUGUGUGUGAGGCAGAGAUCGAUAAUGCAGUGGAGGGAAUUGGACAUGACUAAAUUUAUAACACUAUACAAAUAGGGCAGUUUUUUAUACCAUGUCUUUGUUGCUAAAGAAAUAAAUGAAUUAUUUUAUGAAUAACUUGUAUAAACACUGACUAAUGACAGCAGAAAUGUUCAAGAAAAUUUAACAUCCAUGGAGGUAGACAAUGGAGCGAAAAUUAGGAUUAGCGAUUUUCUUAUUUUUAAAAUUAUAAUAUUUUAACAACACUGAAUUCUUUCAAAAUCAUUUAAUUUAGCUUAUAAAUGCUAGUAGG